GACUACAAAUCAGCAUUAUCAGGCAACCGAAUAGAGCUAAAUUGCUGGGAAUGGCAACAGAAGGAUGGCAAGGGUUCUGGCCUCAUCUGGUUUAUGCUUUGGCAUUCUGCCUUGUAGCCACCACUGUGGUAGCCAACUACCCAGAACACCACUUCAAUUACCCACCACACAAGUACCAGUCUCCACCACCAAAGCAUGCAUGGUUCCCACCAUACCACAACUCCCCAUCCCCUCCAAAGCAUUUUUGGCAUCCCCCAUACUUUUAUAAGUCACCACCCCCUCUAAGAUAUCCACCUCCUACAUAUUCUUACAAAUCUCCACCCCCUCCAUCUCCGUUGUCACCUCCUGCUUAUGUCUAUAAAUCCCCUCCACCUCCACCACCCUCACUGCCACCUCCAUAUUUUUACAAGUCUCCACCCCCACCAUCACCAUUGCCACCUCCUUAUGUCUAUAAUUCCCCACCACCACCAUCACCAUCACCUCCUCCUCCAUAUGUCUAUAAAUCUCCACCUCCACAAUCACCAUCACCACCUCCUCCAAAUGUCUACAAGUCCCCACCACAUCCUUCUCCUUCUCCAUGCCCACCGUACAUCUAUAAAUCUCCACCACCACCCCUUCCUUAUAUCUAUAAGUCUCCUCCACCACCAUCUCCAUCACCACAUCCUCCAUACAUUUACAAGUCCCCACCUCCCCCAUCUCCAUUACCUUCCCCUCCUUAUGUCUAUAAAUCCCCACCACCACCAUCACCAUCCCAACCACCUCCUUCACCAUCACCUCCCCCUCCAUACUAUUACAAGUCUCCUCCACCACCAUCACCCUCUCCUCCACCUCCAUGCCACUAUAAAUCAUCUCCUCCCUCUCCAUCACCACCACCACCACCAUCUCCAUUACCUCCCCCUUCCCACCAUUACAACCCUCCUUACCUACCCCCAUUUCACUAUGAGCAUCCUCCAUUCCACUAUAAUUCACCAGCUCCACCAGCCAAGACUCCUCCCUAUUAUUACAUGUCACCACCAUCCUCAAAGGGCUACUGA